UAGCAAGACACAAUGAAGAGUUUGCGCUGCAGCAUGUAUCUUACAUAAUGCCCGCUUUCCAGGAAAUGAAAUCAAUUGUGAGCACACUCUGUCGGCAAGUGUCUUCUCUUGAGCGAAAGAAUGUAGGUCUGGAGCGAGAGCUUGCGGGUACCAUUGCCGCCAUGCAGCCUAUCAGCACUGCCUCGGUGGCCAAUAAAGGCAGACGUGGUGUCGCUGGUGAGGCAUCAGACGACCAAGCAACCUCAUUGCCAUCGGCAACUGAUUCUCCUGCUACGGACCAUGCAGAUGGAAUGUCAUCCGACCUGAGUACUAAGAACGCAGAAGCCCUCAGAAAGCUCAUGUCAGACACCCAAAGGCUACAAACCGCUGUUGAAUACAACUCCAGAUCAAUCGGUGUACAAGACGUGCAACUCUCCGAUCUCAGCCUUCGACUUGAUAUCGUGGAUGUGAAGACCAUGGACGGCGUUCUGGUGUGGAAGAUUGGUGACAUAUCUCGACGUCGUCGUGAAGCAAUCAGUGGCAAGACACCCAGCCUGUACAGUCCACCAUUCUACACAUCUCCACGUGGAUACAAGAUGUGUGCCAGGGUCUACCUGGAUGGAGAUGGAAUGGGCAAGGGUGGAUGUAUCAGUGUGUUCUUUGUCAUCAUGAGAGGUGAAUAUGACGCUCUGUUGCCCUGGCCGUUUCAACUUCGUGUCACCAUGAAGCUGAUAGACCAGAGUGAUAGCGUUGUCAAGCGUAACAUCACCGAGGUCUUUAAGCCAGACGGACGAUCGGCUUCGUUCAAACGUCCAAAAAGCGAAAUGAAUACAGGGAGCGGGUGGCCGAUGUUUGCCGCCGUCAAUGUAUUGAAUUCACCCACGUAUGUCAAGGAAGACACCAUCUUCAUCGAGAUUAUUUACAACUGAUGUACCACUGAAACAUAAUCUCUCUCUCUUUCUCUCUCUCUUUCUCUCUCUCUCUCUCUCUCUCUCUCUCUCUCUCUCUCUCUCUCUCUCUCUCUCUGUCUCUCUCUCUUUCUCUCUCUACCGCCCCCACCCCAUCUCAUUCUCUCCCUUUACAUAAAUUCUUGGUUUGUUUUAAAACAUCCCGUGGGCAGUGUUCUACCAAAGGUCUUAUAUUUCAUAGGGAUCAAGCUCUAUGCUCAGCUCAUUUCAUUUGACUCGUUGAUAUGAGCUGUUGAUAAUUUAUGCUGCCACAUCGCUGUUACACAGGCUUAGCAGUUCACAUAACCCUACAGGUAUAUCUCUGUAGUGGCAGCGAAUCAUGGGCUGUGUCAAUUUGUGAUAUCAUGUACAUGUAGUUUUGUUAACGCCAACUGUCUUUGUCGAAAUUUGGCACAGUAUUAUACAUCUCUUUGGAUUGCCAACAUAGUAUCAAGUUGAUUUUUUUAUUGUUGAUAUAUUCCACGCAUCACUCUUGCUACACCUUGUGUGUCUUCGUGCACUACCCGUAUGUUGAAACGUGUGACAGCGUUGUGUUGAUUUCUCAAAGGCUCGAUGUACCUAAUCACCGAAGACGUUUUUCGAGGCCAACUAUUGAUUCUUCGUCCUUACUGCGGGCUGCAUUAUUCUGCGAUAUUUGGUGGUAUUUGACGCAACUGAGGUCUCCUCUGUCUCUUCCACUGUACUCGGUUUUGGGUUUUUUGACGCUAUUGGUUAAAUCAUCAUCAUCAUCAUUUCCGCCAAGUCAAUUAUUCCCUUUCCUUACCCAUUGUGCAAGCCCAAGCUGGAUACAGAUCUAUUUCAUUCCUUAGUGCUGACCGCUUUAAUGCGCUUCCCGAAUCCCUUCGUACAAAUCAUAUCCCCAAUUCAUUUCGCCAGGAACUUAACAAUUUCAUUCAUCUUGGGCAC